AAAACAAAGUAGCAUAUAAAAUUAUAACCCCAAAAAAAAAAAAUUUCUUAAAAAAAAAAUAGAGAAAAAUUCUGGUAGAGAGUCAGAAAGGAAUAGAAGAAGAACAAAGAAGUGGGAAACGUAGUAACAGGCCCCAGUGUUAGCUAACCUUCACAAAUUUAACAACAACAACAAUGAAUGAGAAUCCAGGGUCCAAACCAGGAGUAUCCAGACCACCAUGGAAUCCUCCUUGUAAUCAACUUGGCAAUGCACUUUGUGGAGCUGGUUCAGGACUUAUUCGAGGUGGGUUGGGUGCAUAUGGAGAGAAAAUUUUUGGCUCAAGUUCAGAGUAUGUUCAAAGUAAUAUAAGCAAGUACUUUUCAGACCCUCAAUACUACUUCCAAGUGAAUGACCAAUACGUGAGAAACAAGCUUAAGCUGGUUUUCUUCCCCUUUUUGCACCGGGGUCAUUGGACAAGAAUAACAGAACCAGUUGGAGGUAAACUCUCCUAUCAACCUCCGAUUAAUGACAUAAAUGCUCCUGAUUUAUACAUUCCAUUCAUGGCAUUUGCUACAUACUUGGUUCUUGCUGGCAUCUCACUGGGUCAGUCUGGGAGAUUUAGUCCAGAAGCAAUGAAUUGGCAGUUUGUAAAAGGUAUGGUAGGCUGGUUUCUCCAAGUGAUGCUGUUGAAGGUGUCAUUGCUUUCCCUUGGUGGUGGAGAGGCACCAUUACUGGACACUAUUGCAUAUUCUGGAUAUACUUUCACCGGGAUGUGUCUUGCUGUUUUAGGGCGAAUCACACUGAACUACACAUGCCAUUUGAUAAUCAUAUGGACUUGCAUGUGCAUGGGAAUUUUCUUGGUGAAGACCAUGAAAAGGACUCUUUAUGCUGAGGCUAGGAGUUACCAUUCAAGCAGGCAUCAUUAUCUUUUACUUGGGAUUGCAUUUGCUCAGUUCCCAAUUAUCUCCUGGCUCAGCAAUACCACUGGGAAUUGGUUUUUUUGAUCAUAAAUCAUGCUUUCUCAUUCGAAAUAUGCCAUUUACUUAAUGUAAUUUUUUGUUCAGAAAUUUGUGUUGUAUUGUGUUUCGGUAUGACAAAAUUUUAAGAUUAGCUACAACUUGAGUUGCGGUUGAUUCUGGAAGUUAAAAUGGAACUCGAGGAUUUUAAAAUCUCAUUCUAAGAUUUGUCCAAUUUGCAGCUUUCUUGAAAAUUUACCAGAGUGGUUUUAAUAGCAUCCAA